GGCAGGGGUUUCGGAAAGGAACUCGUCUUGGCAACUGUGCCACGCUCCUCUUGUGGCAGGACCUAGUAUGCAACAAGUCCCCGGAGCACUUCCCGUGAGAGCGCGGUGAACGUGCCACUCAAACGAACAAACGAGCAAGCAGCCCCCCAAACGCUGACUUACCUGUCCCGAGCGUAAAUCCGCAGAGCCGGCUGGCCGUGCGCGGCCCCGGGAGGUGGAAGGAGGGCGGUGGGACUCGGCUCGCAGCGCAGCGCGCCCGGCCGGCCAGGACUGCGCUCGGGAACUUGGUGUCCCGCUCCGGUUUCCUGGGAGGCGGCUGCGAUCACGUUUUAUACUGUAUUGGUUGGUAACCCCUCUCAUUCAUUAAGAUCACGUAAGAACUCGGAGGGAAACGUGACUCUGAGCUAAGGCGUUUGCGUAAAUCUAUAGGUUUUUAAAACUCCCUGCCAGUUGCUUUCUGUCUUCUGUAGGCACUAAGGUGGUGGAGAGUUUAAGCUUGCGGAUAUUGCAAAGGGUUAUUAGAUUCAUAAGUCACACCAAGUGGUGGGCGAUCCACUGAGCAAAGCAGAAGUUCUCACAUGAUGACUUCAAACAAGACACAUUACCUUCCAGCAUCUGUUGGAGAGACUGGAUUUUAAACCACUUCUGUCUCCAGGACAGCAAAGAAACAAUGUUCCACCAAGUGAGAAGAGUGAUGACCAUCCUUUUCUUUACUAUGGUUAUCUCAUACUUCACUUGCAUGAAAGCUGCCCCAAUGAAAGAAGCCAGUCUAAGAGGACAAGGCAGCUUGGCUUACCCAGGCCUCCGGACCCACGGGACUCUGGAGAGCAUAAACGGGCCCAGUGCCGGUUCCAGGGCGCUGACAUCGUUGGCAGACACCUUUGAGCACGUCAUAGAGGAGCUCCUGGACGAGGAGCAGGACAUCCAGCCCGGCGAGGGAAACAAGGAUGCAGACUUGUACACAUCCCGAGUGAUGCUGAGCAGCCAAGUGCCUUUGGAACCACCACUGCUAUUCCUGCUGGAGGAGUACAAAAACUACCUGGAUGCCGCCAACAUGUCGAUGCGCGUGCGGCGCCACUCAGACCCCGCGCGCCGCGGGGAGCUGAGCGUCUGCGACAGCACCAGCGAGUGGGUGACGGCCGCCGAGAAAAAGACUGCGGUGGACAUGUCCGGGGCCACCGUCACCGUGCUGGAGAAAGUGCCCGUGCCCAAAGGCCAGCUGAAGCAAUACUUCUACGAGACCAAAUGCAACCCCAAGGGGUACACAAAGGAGGGCUGCAGGGGCAUAGACAAGAGGCACUGGAACUCGCAGUGCCGAACUACGCAGUCUUACGUGAGAGCUCUCACCAUGGAUAACAAAAAGAGAGUUGGCUGGCGCUUCAUAAGGAUAGACACUUCCUGUGUAUGUACAUUGACCAUUAAAAGGGGAAGAUAGUGGAUUCGUGUUGUAUAGAUUAUAUUGAGACAAAAUUAUCUAUUUGUAUAUAUACAUAACAGGGUAAAUUAUUCGGUAAAAAAUAAUUUUAUGGACUGCAUGUAUGACUGAAGUUUAUACAGUACAGUGGUUACACAAUCUAUUUAUUGAACAUAUCCGUGACCUGAAGGGGAACAAUAGUCAUUUGCGCACAAGUUUAAACAAAGAAACAAAAAAAAAAAAAAAAAAAAAAAAAAAAAAAAAAAAAAAAAAGUGAACAAAAAAGUCUGCAUUACAUUCCUCCAUAACAUUGUGGUUUGUCGCCGUUGCCAAGAAUUGAAAAUAUAAAAAAUUUUAAAAAAAAGAAUAAAAUUGCAUGCUGCUUCAAUUGUGAAUUAAUGAUAAACUGUCCUCUUUCAGAAAAAUAAAUUGAACCAAAACAUUCUGUUUACAUUUUAGACAGUAAGUAUCUUUAGUCUGUUAGUAUAUAUGUUUACUGCUUCUAACUUCUGAUAGCGUUGAAAUUAAAACAAUGUCAAGGUGCUGUUGUCAUAGUUUUACUGUUUCUCUUUUACUUUUGAACUCCCAUCAGAUUGAAAAACAAACAAAAAAAAAUCAUUACCUUAUUCUGGAUUAGAAAACAAUUUGGUUUUUGUAUGUUGUGAAGGUGUUUGCAAUAGCAGUCCAACUACUGACAAAAAAUAAUAAAAAGAGGCAACUGAAAAAGAAUGGUGAUGUUCCACUUCACAUUGUUGAACUUCAGGCUUAAAGACAACACUUAUUUAACUGUAUGGCAACAUGCUUUUUUUAGUUGUUGGGGGGGAUGGUUUGUUGUUGUUGGGGGUUUUUUUUUGUCUUUCUUUUUUAAUUUUCAGUCUUUUGAGACAUGCAUUUGCUUAUACCAUGUUUGCUUGUGUUUGAGAAAUUUUUUUUCCCCUUUUCUCCCUCUGGAGGGACCUUGGUUGUGAACUUGAAGUAUUUCACUUACCAUAGAACUGGAGCUUGUCAUAUAGAGAAUAUUCUAUAGUGUUCAGAGCAAUUAUUUUCCUAUAAUAAAAGACUGUGCUUGGAUCAAAUGUCUUGGUGAAGCACGGUGAGAGUGUCACUAGAAAAAGGGUCUAGAAAAGAGGAUGAGGGUCUGAAAUCAGGCUGGUUGUGGGAUUUUAUAGCUCAGCCAGUUUGGGAACAAAUAACAGUGCUUUGGGCUGGCUGAGGCUGUCCCAGUUGCAGUCAUCACUGAAUGUGCAUUCUGUUAGAGAGCAAGAGCUUGGCCAUGUGCGUGGGUGCCCUUCCCCUGCAGAGCAUGCCAGCAGCCCCAGCCCUGCAGAGCAGGUGGGCAAACUCUGGGGCAUCUGUGCCUGAAGGAGCCUAGAAACCAGCUUGGGAAUGGACAGAGAGGAGCUGCUUCCAGCAGAAAGUAAUUGGCACUUUUUUCGUGUGGCUCCACCUCUGCCGGCAGGCUUACCUUGUGAAACAAAUACUGCCACUAAAAAUCCACUCUGGAAGCAAAUCAGGAGCAAGUGCUGGAGGAGCUGGCUUAGGUGGCUUAGGUCUGAGGGCUGUGCUCACUCUGUGCUCCCCCUCUGCUGACAGAAGUGCUGCUAGAAAGGCAGGCUGUGGGGCUGAGCUGUGCACAGCACACUGGCCACAGUGGGCUGAGCGCCGAAAUAGCUCCUUAGAAAGCUCACUGGAGGCUCAGGCUAUAUUUGUAGUUCCUGGAGAUAAAAAAUAGCUGAACAAGUAGGAGAAUACUGCAAAAUAUAAUCUGCUUCUGAAUGCUGUAGAAUCUGUGUUAAUUAAAACUCUGACUGGGCAAAGCUUACAGAAAUAUGUUUGCCCCAGUAAUGCUCUUUGAAGAGCAUAUUUAAAACUGAUUUUGUGUCAUCACUGGUAGAAACCCAUGCUGGAAGCUAACAGACACUUCACAUCAGUGAUUACUUCUGCUUUGGGUAGAAGGGCAGCCCCUUCCUGAGGGUAACUGCCUGUCCAAGUGCCAGUGGCCAGACUGUGAGUGAGAAGAGAAGGUUGUGUGACCCACCUGAGCUUCAAACUUCAGCCUUUCCCAUUGAUUGCUGAUGGGCAUUUCCCACACAGAAAAAAAAUAAAACCAAAAAAAAACCCCCAACCUGAAACCUUAUUGAAAUUCUCAAAACUUCAUCUCAGAUACUCUUCAUGCAAAUUAAAUGAUAGUAUCAAAGACUGUUUUGUGUUGGAAGAGACCUUAAAGAUCAUGUUUAUCAUGGGCAGGUCCACCUUCCACCUGAGCAUUUCACUCCCCUGGGGUACACCUGUGUGUGUGUUGUGGUUUGCAUUGAGUAAAGGCAGCGUGACUCAGGAGCUGCUCUGAGCAGCAGAGAGGUGCUCUGAUGGCAGCUCCUCUCAAAACAAGGGCUGGCUGUUGGGAAGGAAAGGAUGAUGCUGAUGUGGGGAUAACAAACACGUUACUCAGCUAGACUGCAAGAGAUAGCUUGGAUCUGACAGGAUCCUAAUUCACAUACAGGAAUCAAAUAACUGCCAGUUCAAAGAGACUUCCAAGAGAGAAAUGUUAAUGCCCAAAUCAUGCUAGAAAUAAAGCUCCUUCCUUCCCAGAGUUAGCUGUGGCUAUAUCCUUUACUCAGCUGGCAAGCUGAGUAAAUGCUCAGCUGGCACAGUGAGGGUGGUGCAGGUGUGGCAGAACGAGAGGAGUGGGAUGGUGGCUCCGGAGGGAUGAAGGACAUCCCAUGGAGCUGGGGGCCCAGAGAGCUGUGCACCAGAGUGAUGCAGAGAUUGUAGAGAUGGGAUUGAGAACAUGCCGGCUCUGUGCUCAAUAACCGAUCAAUAAUUGAUAUUAUUGAUAUUAUUGAUACUGAUAUUGGCAAUUAACCUGUAGAACUCUGCCUGGCACCUACACCAGAAUGAUAUUCACCAGAACAUGCCAGCUCUGUGCUCAGUAACUGAUCAGUAAUUGAUACUAUUGAUAUUAUUGGUACUGAUAUUCACCAGAACAUAUUGAACAAUAUUCACCAGAACAUGCCAGCUCUGUGCUCAGUAACUGAUCAAUAAUUGAUAUUAUUGAUAUUGGCAAUUAACCUGCAGUAGUGAUUGAUAUAUUGAUAUUAUUGAUAUUGGCAAUUAACCUGCAGCCCCAUAGCUCUGACAUUAGACAUCCAUGCUCACAGGCUGGGCAGUUUCAGUUAACACAGAGACAGAGAGGGGAGGGUUGGUUUUCCUUCACAUCACUUCAUUAAACUCUUAAUUAAACUUCAUUAACUCUUGCUGUGGUCUGUUGGUGACAGAAGUAUUCCAUGCAUGUCAGCAGGCCUAGUGCUGUGUUAAAGGACUCUUGCAACUGUAAGUUCAUGUCUGUGGCCUUGUUCUCUAUUAUUCAUCUUGUGUAACAUAAAUAUUUAUUGUAUAUUUAUAUAAUUUUAUGGUUUUUUGGGAAAAUACUGAAAUUGGCAUUAAAAUUUAAAAGCAACUGCGUCAUAUUGUAAAUAUAAUUGAGCUAUAUUUAAGUGUACUGAUUAACAUAAUAUAUGUUUAACUAGAGUUUUUUAUGUUUUUAAAUAUAUUUUCGAAAUACAUAUAUAUAUAUAUAAAAUGGGGUUUUUUGGGGGACCAUGUGACUUUUCUCUAAUUGUAAAACAAACUUGAGUUUUACUAUAAAUAUGUGUGUUCUUUGUUUUAAAACAAUUUUUACUCUAUUUUAGCAAUAAAAUCUCACUCAGAGGGCAGGUAGCCCCCUGUUUCAUAGUUAGCAUUGGGAGGGGAGGGAUAGCAAGAAUUUACUUCACAUGAAAGCUGGGGAUGCUUGCAGGAUGAUGCAUUUCCAUUUAAUUCCAGCACAAAAGUCCUCAUGAACUAAAAGCCCAUGAAUGACAUAUAUAUGGUUUUACUCAAGUAUAAAAUAAAGAGCAUAAGGGGGUGGGAGUUUCUAC